ACGUCAAGUCGGCCAGUCAUGGGUGACCCUUACGACGAAGGAAUAGUAGAAGUAGACGAUCCGCCUCAUCACGAGAUCUCUACACGUCCAGAACCGUUGAGAAUACGAGGCGUAGGAAAUGUGACGGUAUUUGGUUUGAGCAAUCGUUUCAAUUCAGAAUUUCCGUCACUGCUUGUUGGAAAAGUGGCUUCUGAGGAAUUUGAAGCUACUAUAGGGAGAAUCAACGACUAUCUUGGUCACACUGUGCCUUUCAAUAUCAAGUGGUUGCUGUGUGGUUGUUUAUGUUGUUGUUGCACGCUCGGCUGCUCCAUGGUGCCAGUUGUUUAUCUCAACAAAAGAACAAAGAUACGAUUAGAAAAAGCUUUGGCAUGGGAGAACAGUCGGCUGUAUCAUAAACUGGGAAUGCAUUGGCGCUUGAGUAAAGAGCAGUGUGCUGAUGUAACCAUGAAAGAAUACGUUCUGUUUAUUGAGUUUCUUCCUAGGGAAGACAUAUAUCGCCCUGACUGAUAUGUGAAUAGUGAGGUGUCUGAAGGCUGCUGUGUAUUUUCUGCACUAAGCAGGUUUUAGUCUGUGUCGUAUAUACUGACAGAGUUGAUCUGUUGUAUUUGUGAGAGCACCUUUAAUCUAUAUAUGACUGCGUAAAGAAAGAGAAGAUAUAUUGUUUACACAGAUGGCAA